AUGGAAGAAGAAAGAGAAGAGGUCUUCCAUGCGCCGGUAAUAGGAAAUUUACCGAUUACUGGAUUAUCGUUAACUGACUCGAGCGCAGUAGUUUGGAAUACUAGUGAGCCUACUGAAAUUGAACCACUGCUAAGGAUGAUUGGCGUAACACUGCUUCCACUCCGCCAUCUCCUUUUUGCAACUGCCUUCGUUGUUAACCGAUGUCGGCACUGGCUUAUUCUCCUGAGAAAUUUCCUGCUUUGCUAG